AUGACUGAUAAGGGCAAGGGCAAGGGCAAAGCCAAGGGUAAGGCCCCGCCAGCACCUCCACCCGCUGCAGCGCCGGCUGCCCCGCCUCCUCCCCCACCCCCGCCCCCGCCCCCGCCCCCGCCGGACAAACCAGCGGAGGACAAGAAGGUAGAAGAGAAGAAGCCCAAAAAGCAAAAGUCACCGCAGCCCAAGGAUGAAGUGGGCACUAGGAAGAAGUGUCGCCGGUACCGGUGGGAACUUAAGAGCAGCAACAAAGAGUUCUGGGUUAUGGGUCACGGCGAGGUCAAAUACCUAUCCGUGGGUUGCCUGGUAGUAGCGCUGAUCCUGUUCACGGGCUUGUCGGUGCACCCAUUCCUGACGCUCAUCGUCACCAUGGAGCUGUCCAUCCUCAUCUUCUUCAUCAUCAUUUACACUUUCGCCAUCAACAGAUACCUGCCCUUCAUCCUGUGGCCCAUUACGGACCUUCUCAACGACAUAGCUGCCUUUAUUUUCCUUCUGUGGGCUGUGAUCUUCGCUGUGAGAAGUCGACCAACCAUGCACAUGCACUACUUCAUAGCUGUGAUAUGCACUGGUGUGGCUGGACUAUUUGCUUUAAUUGAUGUAUGUCUUCAAAGAAGGCACUUCACCGGCAAGAGGGUCAAAAAGACUACGCUGGUUCCUCCUCCACCAAAGGACAAGACCAAGGAAAAAGAAAAGGAACCUGAAGCAAACAAGCCACAGGGACCUGAACCAGACAAGGGGACGGAAAAGAAAUGACUGGAAAGACACUCUCCUACUGUCAGAAAUGGCAGUGUAUUUUACAACAAAACCUAUUUCCACUGUCUUCCUUGUCUUCUUUCUAGAAUGGUUUUCUUUUUCAUUUGAAUAACCACCUUUGCUUGGAAAAGAAAUUUCUCUUUAAAUGACCUUGAUGUAAACAUUAUUUUGUUCAUUUAACAAAAGUUACUGAAAGUGGUGCAUAAGGUGAGGUGGGAGCUGAGCCCUGGAGGUGCUCCCAGGCUACAUGGCACAGAAGGAUUGGGGGACCAAGAGUGUGUGGAUGGGCACCAGCUGUCAACACUAACCAGCCAAAAGGACCAGAGGAAAAUGAGAAACUGGAAAACAAAAUGCGUUCACUUUGAUAUUUUUAUUUUACAUUUUUCUAAGGCAUCCAAGUAGUCAUUUUGAGAAAAAUAAGGUUAUUGGCCUUCCUUACUCUUUUUUUUCUAAAUUUUAUUUUAUUGUUGAGAAUAUACACAACAAAAUAUACCCCAAUUCAACAGUUUCUACAUAUACAAUUCAGGGACACUGAUUACAUUCUUCAAGUUGUUCACCUAUUCUCACCCUCCUUUUCUAAGUUGUUCCUUCUCCAUUAACACAAACUCACUGCCUUCUAAGUUUCCUAUCUAAUCUUUCGAGUUGCUGUUGUUAAUUUCAUCCCAUACAGAUCUUAAAAGAGCACAAUGCUCAAGGCAGACUUUCUUUACUAGUUAAGCUAAACUACUGUUUGGCUUUAAGAAGACUUCAGCAGAUUUUUUUUUUUUUUUAUUGUACUUUAGAUGAAGAGUUACAGAACUAGUUUCUCAUUCCACAGCAGUACACACAUUGUUCUAUGACAUUAGUUAACAUCCCCACAACAUGUCAACACUCUCAACCUUGGGUUCCCUAUUACCAGGUUUCCUGUUCCCUCCUGCCUCCUAGUCCCUGCCCCUGGACUGGUGUCCCCCUUUAGUCUCGUUUUGUUCUGUGGGCCUAUCCAAUUUUUGGCUCAAAGGUGAACCUCAGGAGUGACUUCAUUACUGAGCUGAAAGGAUGUUCGGGGGCCAUACUCUCAGGUUUCUCCACUCUCUGUCAGGCCAGAAAGUCUGGUCUUUCUUUUGGAGUUAGAUUUUUUUCUACGUUUUUCUCCAGCUCUGUGCAGGACCCUCCCUUGUGAUCCCUGUCAGAGCAGUCAGUGGUGUAGCCGGGCACCAUGUAGUAGGACUGGACUCAGUCUGGUGGAGGCCGUGGUAGAAGUGGUCCAUUACUCCUUUGGACUUAUCUUUCCCUUGUAAUCUUUAGUUUUCUUCAUUCUUCCUUGCUCCUGAAGGGGUAAGACCAGUGGAAUAUUCAGGAGAUAUUUAUGGCUUAAGGUUUAAAGAUUAUCUCAGGGCAAUAGCUUCAGGGGUUCAUCCAGCCUCCAUGGCUGUAGGAAGCCUGGAGACCAUGUGAAUUUGAGAUUCUGUUUUGUUCUGUUCCCCUUUUUGAUCAAUGUCUUAGUUAUCUAGUGCUGCUGUAACAGAAAUAUCCACAAGUGUAUGGCUUUAACAAAGAGAAAUUUAUUUUCUCACAGUUUAGGAGGCUAGAAGUCCAAAUUGAGGGUGCCAGCUCUAGGAAGGCUUUCUUUCUCUGUUGUUCUGGGGGAAAGUCCUUGUCAUCGAUCUUCCCCUGGUCUAGGAGCUCCUCAAUACAGGGAUCCCAGGUCCAAAUGACAUGCUCUGCUCCUGGCACUACUUUCUUGGUGGUAUGAGGUCCCCCUCUGCUUGCCUCUUCUAUAUCUCAAAAGAGAUUGACUCAAAACGCAACCUAAUCUUGUGGAUUGAGUCCUGCCUCAUUAACAUAACUGCCACUAAUCCUGCCUCACUAACAUCAUAGAGGUAGGAUUUACAGCACAUAGGAAAAUCACAUCAGAUCACAAAAUGGUGGUCAGUAAUGGGAAUCAUGGCCUAGCUAAAUUGACACAAAUUUUGGGGGGACACAAUUCAAUCCAUAACAACAGGAUUCUUCUAUGGAAUCUUUGAUCAAAUUGUUCAGUAAUGGUAGCUGGGCAACAUCCAGUUCUUUUGGACUCAUGGCAGAGGAGGCAGUUGUUCCUGGACUCGAUUAGCCCCACAUUCCUAUCUUCUUCCUAUUCCUGACUCUUUCUUCCUCUGUUGCUCCAGGCAAAUAGAGAUCAAUUGCUGUACCUUGGAAGCCUUCCUUACUCUUAUUUUGCAGUACAGUAUUGAUUCUUGUUUGGAGUUCCCUUGGGAGGGGGCAGUGGGGAUGGUAGUAUCUCCUCAGGACUGGGGGCUUCCAAGGUCCUGAGUCAACCUGCUGGACCCAGUAGGGUGGGCUCAGGUAGAAUUUUGGGCAUGGUCCCUCAGAGCUUGCUCAGCCCUCUGGGACUUGCACUGGCUCCUUCCAGUGAGGACUGAGCAUUAACUCAGGACCC